UUGUAGCUAAACGAUGAAUUUCAAAACGUAAUGUUUCAAGUUUGAGAGCUGAAUGAAGUAACAACAGAAAAGCAAAUGAUAGCAAAAGAGCAGGAUUGAUCAAACGAGGUACCUUGGAAUCCCAAAGCUGAAGAUUAUAUGCGAUAUCAUCUACAUGUAGCUGUUGAUAAGAUAUGUGAUUUUCAAAAUAUAUCUAUUUGAGUCAAGUACGUGAUUUGAUUUGAAAUAUUUGUACAUCUUUACUAAAGAGAAUAGUAAAUACACUUUUACAAGAUUUAUGAAGAUUGGUAUAAGAAGAUGAUAUAAGAAUUUAUUGUUCAUAUUUUGCAGAUCCGAUGUAUUUUCCUCAACGAUAUAGAAAUUGUUAUGGUGAAAUAGGGAAAGAAAGUUUUACAUCUCAAUGUCAAAAUUUGAUUUAAAUAUUCCUUGUUCUGCUAUGGAAAUAAAUAUGAAAUCAUAAUUUUUGUAAUAGAAGUAAAUAACGUGCAAAUAGCAAAAUUAUAUCUUUGCUGAAAUAAUAACGUAGCUUUUAUCAUGAGUUUUUGUGAAGAAAAUUAUAAAUUUUUAACAAGACUAUUCUCAAAUAUAGAAAAAAUUUUACGAAUAAAAAAUGAAAUAUAUCUAUUAUGAUCGACAUGUUAAAUAUGUUUGCAACAUAAUGAUUAGAGCCUGACUGACUGUCCUAUGGUUAGACUCUGUAGGAUUUCUAAUAGAAUGCCUAUGUAUAAGUAAAACUCAUUCUUGAAUGAAAUCAUUUCUUAUAUCAAUCUGUGAGAAGACUAAACCUCUUCAAGAUUUCCAGGGUUAAGGGGUGGCAGUUAGGUUUUAAAACUGACAGCUGUCCCUUCCGUGAAAUGCGGACAAAAGUAAAGUAAAAAGUCUUGCUUAGCAAGAAAGUUUGAAAUUUGGCGCCAUACGUGGCAGAUGAGGUUGCGCCCCGGCACGUCGGACUCGCGAAUCGCGAGGACUGUCGCGUGGCGCCGACCAGGACGGAUGGACGGAUGUGCGGCGAUGCCGAUCCGCGCGAGACACUAGGCAGCCGUCCGCACUGUUCGCGACGGCGAGAGGUGGUAGUGGACCGGGGGGAGCUCUCUGGCCGUCGUCGGCCAUAGUGAAAAUGGCGGGUAUUAGCUUACGUGAAUGACGACGACCCGUGCGUUCCCGAGGACCUGCACUCACUCUGCAGUCGCACAAUCGCGGAGGGUAUUCGAGUGUGCUUCGGUGUGUGCUUCGCCCGCGAUACGCGGUUCUACUAGCGGGGCUAAACUGUGUGUCAUAUGAUUUAUUUGGGAGGUAAAGAUGCAGAAUGUAGCACAAGAAACGACCUCGGAUAGUCAGAAAAGCCACGAGAAGCAGCCAGCGGCAGCAGCACCACCGCCACCGAGCAUUCACCACGACACUGGGAAGACAUCCUCGACUCCCCAAUCCUCCAACUCGAGCCCCACGAAAUCGGAAACCGAGACCUUCUCCGAGCUGCAGCCGCGCUUUAUGACAGACUCGUCGGAGAGCGAGGAGGACAGCGUUUCCGAGGUGGAGUGCUUUGCAAUUGAUCAGGUUGAAUUAGACGAGGAUCAUUCUGAGUCAUCAAAAUUUUUACUGACUUCCGAGGAUCCCGAGCGCUCCGUGGAUCCUGAGACUCAGGCACGUCUCGAGGCACUUCUUGAAGCAGCUGGCAUCGGAAAGCUAUCAUCGGGUGAUGGGAAGCACCUGCCUGAUCACGAGGUGCUUCGUCGUUUAACAUCGAGUGUCUCCUGUGCAUUGGACGAGGCUGCGGCAGCAUUAACACGUAUGCGCAGUGACAAUCCACGUGUGCCGAACGAAAAGCGCUCUCUCGUUGAGGCGUGCACCGACGGCGACGUCGGUACCGUUCGGAAAUUGCUAACAGAGGGUCGUAGCGUCCACGAGACCACCGAGGAAGGAGAGAGUCUGCUCUCUUUAGCUUGCUCAGCUGGUUACUACGAACUUGCUCAGGUACUUUUGGCGAUGAGUGCUAACGUAGAAGAUCGUGGCAUUAAAGGGGACUGUACCCCUUUGAUGGAAGCUGCUAGUGCAGGGCAUGUAGAUAUCGUGUCUUUACUGAUUGCUCACGGGGCCGAUGUAAAUGCUCAGUCUACGUCAGGUAAUACACCUCUUAUGUACGGAUGCGCCGGUGGACACGAGGAGGUUGUACGUGUUUUGCUAAACCAUGGGGCCAAUGUCGAAGAUCAUAAUGAGAACGGUCAUACACCUUUGAUGGAAGCGGCAAGCGCCGGGCAUGUUCAAGUUGCCAAAAUUCUACUUGAACAUGGGGCUGGCAUUAAUACUCAUUCCAAUGAAUUUAAAGAGUCCGCAUUGACAUUGGCAUGCUAUAAGGGACAUUUAGAGAUGGUUCGUUUCUUAUUAGAAGCUGGCGCGGAUCAGGAACAUAAAACCGAUGAAAUGCAUACUGCCCUUAUGGAGGCAUCGAUGGACGGUCAUGUGGAAGUUGCUCGUUUACUUCUGGAUUCAGGUGCCCAAGUAAAUAUGCCCACGGACAGUUUUGAGUCGCCAUUGACAUUAGCCGCUUGUGGCGGUCAUGUGGACUUGGCUAUGCUUCUGAUCGAGCGAGGAGCAAAUAUAGAGGAAGUUAAUGAUGAGGGUUAUACGCCGUUGAUGGAAGCAGCGCGCGAGGGUCAUGAGGAAAUGGUUGCUUUACUUCUGAGUCAAGGUGCAAACAUCAACGCUCAAACUGAGGAGACUCAGGAAACGGCGCUCACCUUGGCUUGCUGUGGUGGUUUCUUGGAAGUUGCCGAUUUUUUAAUGAAGGCGGGAGCAGAUAUCGAACUGGGUGCUUCCACUCCUCUAAUGGAAGCUGCACAGGAAGGACAUUUAGAUCUUGUUCGAUAUCUCUUGGAAAGUGCGGCGGAUGUUCACGCUCAGACACAAACAGGAGAUACAGCAUUGACAUACGCGUGCGAGAACGGUCAUACAGACGUUGCUGAUCUUUUGUUGCAAUUUGGCGCUGAUCUAGAACACGAAUCAGAAGGAGGUAGAACUCCACUGAUGAAAGCUUGUAGAGCGGGACAUUUGUGCACAGUUCAAUUUCUCAUCUCGAAGCGCGCCGAUGUCAAUCGACAAACGACAAACAAUGAUCACACGCCGCUUUCGUUGGCGUGCGCUGGUGGUCAUCUUGCAGUGGUUGAAUUGCUUCUCGCACAAUCUGCGAAUCCAUUUCAUAAGUUAAAAGAUAAUUCAACUAUGCUGAUAGAAGCUGCAAAAGGAGGUCACACUCCUGUUGUUCAACUAUUAUUGGACUAUCCUCAUAGCAUCAUGAUGAGCGCUCCUCAUAGUGCCGCACCUGGACCUAUGUUACUACCACAGCAACAGCAGCCACAACAACCUCAGCAGCAGCAGCAACAACCACAACCUCAUACAAUUCGUUCACCACAGUUUUCUCAUUCUCAACAAACAUCUACACAACCGCAGCAACAUUCGCAGCAGCAGCAGCAACAGCAGCAGCAGCAACAACAAACUGCUGAACAAGUGCAAAAUCUCCAACCUAAGCAUAACACACAAAAAUCACUGUUGAGAAAGAAUCGAUCGGUUACUAUGAUGUCCGAUAUGAGCCUUACUUCUGCUGAAGCGCAACAAGUCCGCUCGCAACCUGUAGGAGAAUUGACCGCUACUACUAAGGACGAUACUAAUAUUCUUGAUAAAGGCAGUGGGGGUUUUACAAGUUUAUCAGAACCUAAUAUUAGUCUUAGUCCGACGUCAGCAGCGCAAGUGAUACAUGCCAGUGAAAGUCGGAAAUCUGCAACUAGGCAAGAGCAAAUCUUUCAAAAGCAACAAAUACUUGACGAAUUGAAAAGGGUAGAAGACGAAAUAGGAGCUAAAGGAGGAAAUUUGUGUUCUCGAAAUUCAAUUAUAAAUCAAUCUCAACCACAGCAGUUACAACAACAACAACAACAACAACAACAACAAGAUCCUAGUGAGACAGAGGCAUUAUUACCAAACAUGUUGAAUAUUGACCUGCCAACUCAAUCGACAUCUCCACAUGGUUUAAUUUGCAAUACAACUGGUAUGUCUGGCAGUUCAUUAACGUAUCCGGGAGCUAAUGACACGGCAUUGAUGUGCAGCGCUUACCUUGACGGUAAGAUAAUGGGAAUGCAAGCUGCUCAGUUUCAGAAGACGCUGUCUGUGAUUCCGACCGCGACGGAAACGUUCCCGACAAAUACAUUUCCUUCUUCGCCUCCCUUAUCUCUCGCGCCGCUACCAGUUACGACUACCACUACCACCGUAUCUCUUGUUAGCGCUACUUCUUUGACAACUACACCGAGUCCACCGAGUAUUUCUACCCCUCCAACCGUUAUAGCCGUUUCCCAACCGCCUAUUACUGCGAGCAGUGACGUCAGUCAAAAUACUGCUAUAAGUGAUCGUCCAAAAGCUAAACCUGUAUCCAAGAAAGAAGGAAAGAAUGUACGGAAAGCUACGUCCAGUAUCGGAAUGGCAAAAUUGCAGCAUACACAAGCGACUCUAAUGGCUGGACUUCACCAGCAGUAUCAGCAAAAGCAACGCCAGCAGCAUCCUUCGUACCAAGUACAGCAAGUUCAACAGCUGCACCAACUCAACCAGCAACUGCAGCUCCAGUUAGAUCAAGUACAGAUACAGCAGCAAUCGCAGCAGCCUCAAUCGCAAUCGCAACAAUCUCACCAACAGAUUCAUUCACAACAGCAAACAAAUAUAGUUGCUAAUAAUACGGGUAGUAGUAUACUUAUGCCUGCUCAAUUGAUGUCACACUUGCAUCCGGGUCAUCACCAUUUGCACAGUCAACAAACGAUGCCAGAGAAUCUUCCCGAGCAAACUGAUCCUGAAUUAACGCGAAAGUACAGAGAAAGUGCUUGUGCAUUUUUUACUGGCGCUCAAAAGACUAAAAACUUCUCCUCUAAUGACAAAGUAUUGAAAAUGGAGGACGGCACGGAUAUUCCUAUCGAGGAUGCGUUUGAAAUUUUUCGCUCUAUUGGUUUUGAGGAUGCAGUUGAUACAACGGAAGAUCAAGAGAAGCUCGAAUUGAAAAGAUUGGAUGUCUCGAAUAAUAAGGAGCAACAGCAGCAUUUGCAUACGACGCAAAUAGUUCAGCAAAGCGGAAGUCCUCAUGCAUCCCAAGAAUAUUUUACUCCCGUGCUGUCAGUACCUUCGGUUUCUCUACCGGCCUUACCAUCAUUACAAGUGACCAGUGCUGGCGUCCAAAUAGAGGCAGACAUAUCAGCGGGUUUACAAUUAACGAGUGCACAAUCCUUGCAAAACCCAACGCUGAAGAAUCGUCUAAGAGCCUUUGAGGAAGGUUUCCGUCAGGGUAGUAUACAUUUUCGCGAAUGUAUGCAGCAUAUUAGUGGCGACAAUUUCCAACCUCAAUUGUUGCUUCAGUCGUCUCAAAUAACAUUUCCUACGCAAACAUUACCUGCUGUGAGCGCCGCGACGGGAAUAAUAGAUAGUAUACCUCCUCAUCAAUCAAGCAGUUAUGUGCAAUCUACAACUUGCAGUACUAAUCAAGUUCAAGUUGCUACCCAGACUCAAGCACCCGCUACCACAACAACCGUGAACGUUACUACCUCUGACAAGAAACAAGUAUACACUGCACCAACAACCGGCAAAGGCAAGAAAGCCAGAUACCCUCUCCUGUCUCAGCAACAAUCUUGCCAGCAACAACAAACUGCCAAUGCUCAGCAAACUUCUAAUUUUCCCGCGCAAAAUUAUCAGUUGGAUCCGGCAACAGGUGUUCCAACGGUUGGAGGAUAUGCAUCUAAUCAAGUUCCACCCGCUCCAUUCUCGUGUAUGGAUGUCGAUUCAGAAACCGAUAGUAAUCACGACACAGCAUUGACUUUAGCUUGUGCCGGAGGGCACGAAGAUCUUGUAGAACUUCUUUUGAGUCGCGGUGCGGAUAUAGAACACAGAGACAAGAAAGGAUUUACGCCACUUAUUUUGGCUGCAACGGCUGGUCAUCAGAAAGUAGUCGAAAUUCUUCUCAAUCAUGGCGCUGACAUUGAAGCACAGUCUGAACGUACCAAGGAUACGCCACUGUCCCUCGCAUGUAGCGGUGGCAGAUACGAAGUAGUUGAGCUUUUGCUUAAUCGUGGAGCAAACAAAGAACAUCGUAAUGUUUCUGAUUAUACUCCUUUGAGUCUGGCUGCGUCCGGCGGCUACGUGAACAUAAUAAAGUUAUUAUUAGGUCACGGUGCUGAAAUUAAUUCACGUACUGGUUCGAAAUUGGGCAUAUCUCCUCUAAUGUUGGCUGCUAUGAAUGGUCAUACAGCGGCAGUUAAGUUACUCUUGGACAUGGGUAGCGAUAUUAACGCGCAAAUCGAGACAAAUCGUAAUACAGCAUUGACACUCGCAUGUUUUCAAGGAAGACAUGAGGUCGUUAGCCUUCUUCUCGACCGUAAAGCAAACGUUGAACAUCGAGCUAAGACGGGCUUAACACCAUUGAUGGAAGCCGCUAGCGGAGGAUAUGUGGAGGUUGGACGCGUGUUACUUGCCAAAGGUGCGGACGUUAACGCGACACCUGUCCCGUCAUCCCGUGAUACUGCCCUCACUAUCGCCGCUGACAAAGGACACUGCCGUUUCGUAGAACUCUUAUUAUCGAAGGGGACCCAAGUUGAAGUAAAAAAUAAAAAAGGGAACAGUCCGCUGUGGUUAGCUGCAAAUGGCGGGCAUCUUAAUGUCGUAGAUUUACUGUAUCAUGCGGGUGCAGAUAUUGAUUCGCAAGAUAACCGUAAGGUUUCCUGCCUUAUGGCUGCAUUCCGGAAAGGUCAUAUUAAGGUAGUCAAGUGGAUGGUAAAUCACGUGACGCAAUUCCCAAGCGAUCAGGAGAUGACGAGGUACAUAGCGACGGUUAGCGACAAGGAGCUUUUGGAAAAGUGCCAGGAGUGCGUGAAAGUGAUAAGAGCUGCCAAAGAGACACAGGCCGCUAAAGCGAAUAAGAAUGCCACUAUAUUGUUGGAAGAGCUGGAUAUGGAGAAGACGAGAGAAGAAUCGAAGAAAGCGGCUGCCGCGCGAAGACGAGAAAGAAAGAAAAAGAAGAAACUCGAAAAGAAGGAAGAGAAACGUAAACUUCAUGAGGAGUACAAGAAGAAUGAGACACCUUUCGAAGAUAAAGAAGAAAACGGGAAGAAAUCUGAUGAAGAAUGCGACCGAGCGGACGACAGCGAGCAUGAGGGCGGCGACGAGAGAAUGGAGAGCGUGCCAUCUCCUGUAAAUAGAAGCCCGGAAGAUCCCGACAGAGAAGAGGGUGACAGUGGAAUAGAUGCAAAUAGUCAGGGCAGUUGUAGUAGUAAUGAUGUGAAAGCAAGAGAGAAGAAAAAGGAGAAGAAGAAAAAGAAGAUCAAUAGCCCUAAUAACAACGAUAAGGAUACGUCCCCACAGCGUUCGUCCAAGACUCUUCUUUCACAGAACACCAAUUUAUCUCAGAAUACGGCGACAUCGACUAAAUCUCAGAAUAACACUUCAGACAAGCGAAUCAUGACUAAUGUUACCAGUGCAGUAUCCGUAUCUACAACUUCGGUUACAACUACUAGGACAUCCACCACCAUCAGUUCCGAUCGAAAGCUGAAAGGACAAUUAGUUUUUGAAUCUUCCAGACAUCCUGCUGAUAGAGAAGAUUUUGAAGCUACUGGUAAUGAAACUUAUGUUCCCGGCAAAGGAAAAAAGUCUUAUAAUAAUCAAUAUGAUGGAGAUACACUAAGUACAUCAAUGAAGACGAAUAACACUAGUCCUAAGCAGAGCGGAAAGCGUGAAGAAGGAUGGAAGGAAGUUGUACGAAAGGGACAGUCGGAUGAUUCGGGGAAAUUUAUGAAUUCACCUUUCCGUUCUAAGAAAAUACCAGUUCCAACACAUGCUAUUAGUCGAGUGAUCGGUAGAGGUGGCAGUAAUAUAAAUGCCAUUCGUGUAGCAACGGGCGCACAUAUUGAAGUAGAAAAGCAAAAUAAAUGUCAAGUGGAAAGAGUAAUUACAAUAAAGGGAUCGUCUGAGGCUAUAAAACAGGCUAAUUCAUUGAUACAAACUCUUAUUAAGGAUCCAGAUGUGGAUAUAUUACAGACGCUUUCGAAAUCAAAGCUCAGUAUUGCAACAACCUCUUCAUGGGAUAAGUCUGUCUCCACUGUUGCUGCAUGUAAAACGAAAAUUGGAUCUGUUAAUAAGCCACCUAGUUUGGCAUCUUCUACAAAUGCCAGUAAUCAAGUUAAUAAAUCAGGAUAUCCUUUAGGUGCGUCCACUAAUUCGUUGGUUCCUAUUCGUUCAUCAUCCAGCAUGAAACUUGCUGGUGCUUUUCCUACUUCUUUGCCACGUGCAACAGCACCUAGACUCGUCGCUGCAGCGGAGAAACGUGCACAGGCUGCCGUAGCUGCCCAAAUGGCGUCCUCGUCAAACACCAAAACGACAAUGUCUUAUACGAGUGCGAUUAUGACAGCUGGUAGAGCAGGCACCAAGACCAGCACGACGCAGACGUUUGCGGCGAAGCUAUCUGAAAUCACUGCCUCGACUCACAGCUCCACUACUGUUAUGCAGUCCACUCAUACGAUACCAAUGAACAAGCAGCAGAAGCCCAUGGCGCAGGCCGCGACCGUCAUAUCUGCCAUAUCCACGUUAGCGACUCCUCAUCCAGUCGGCCAGCUACAGUCCAUAGUCAGUACAUCGCCGAAGCACUGCCGAUCACUGCCUACCUUAACCGCUCCGUCGGCAAUAGUAUCUCACUAUCCUGGGAAGUCGAGUAGCUGCUACUCUGCUGGAACGAUUGCGAUUUCAUCGUCGUCGGUUGUUGUGACAACGAACUGUCCGGAAAGUUCGAUUGUUUCCACAUCAACCAGUUCCGUUCGAGUGACACCCUCACCGCCGGUUGUGUCGCUGCAGGCGCAGACAUUGUCGCAAACACCAUCAGCUGCAACGACACAGCAGCAGCAGCAAUCGAUGUCGCAACAGCAAUCGCAGCAGGGUAUUCGCAGUACGACGCCGGUCGUGGCUCAGGAACAUCAAUCACAGCAGCAGCCACAGCAGCAGCAACAGCAACAACAAUCCAACACUCCUCUCGAGUACUCUCUGUUCAACGAUACUUUUACCAAGGUCACGCAACAGUCAAUGUGGGGAGGAAGAGAAAACGAGACUCAAAAGGGCAUGAAUUUUGCGACUGUUGCGGGCGGAGGUGUAUCGUCGAACACGAGUUCGGGACAGUCUGCGGCUAAAUUCGAUAGUUCCCCACCGCAGGUAGACGCUUCCAAAGCUCCCGGAUACCGCGGUACAGCAAUGUGCUCUCCGGUUUCCAGUAAGCCAGGUAGCACGAGUAACGCGUCGACCAAUGUGAUUGGCAAUGUGGUAUCAUGUUCGGUGCACAACAAUCCUAUGCAACCUGCGCAAUUUCAGUCUUCGACAAGCUACAAUGAGCAUCCGCUACCAAACAAGCCACCUGGUAGUCUAGCAGUUGCUAGACCAGUGAUACCCCAACAGAGUAUCGAUAUGGGAACGGGUAUGGCGGCACAAUUCAAUAGGCCAACGGUUUUUCAGGGUGAUUUGACAACGCGAAACGCGACGACGCACCAGCCGACGGCGCAUGUGAUAUCGUCCACGUCGCAGCCGGCGCUAGACGUUAAUCUGUUCAAGGCAACGAACAACAGUGGCGGCAAUUACGAGCAUCCUAACGUCAACUCAAGUUUGCUCAAAAUGAUGCCGAAUGAGAAUCAAAGUGGCGCCGGUCAUUCCCUGCUACCUUUUCAUCCUCACAUACAGAGUUUUGCUCAGACCAUCGCACCAUCCGCCUCUGUGAUCAAUACCACUGUCAGUAUGUCAAGAUUAAACCCGCGUGCCCCCGACUUCUCUAGUUCACUUCAUCUGAGCAACAAGCCGCAGGUAACGAUGUUCAAUGCCGCUGCCGGAUCAGCGGGGUUACACCCGGCUAACAUGUUUGCCACGACUGUGCCGACGCCACCGCCGUCUGCGAUACAGUCCAAUAACCUGGCGAUGCUCGGUAACUAUCCCGGGUUGGGAAAGUACCAGACACCUACUAGGGCGACACCGGCGGCAAACUCCGGUAUCUCAACGACGGCGCAAACGACCCGUUGGCCGUUCGCUACACCGCACACUAGCUAUCAGCCGCAUCAGGAUCCUAUGAUCGGUCAGAUGGGUUUCUCUAAUCAGCUGACUAACAUUGGUGGUCAACCUGGUAGUGGUGGCGGCAUUGACCUGAUCACGAGCCUGGAGAAUGGUGGCUCGCCGGCCAUAUCUCCUUCGUCGCCGGCACAAGUCGCUCAGGAGAUGAGUCAGUUGAAGAUCGAAGAUCGUAAGGUACCACGACCGAUUGGUACUGAGAGGGCAUGGAAGAAUUACUCGGCAGCAGGCGGUCUGGGUCCGGGUGGGGAUGCCGAUUCCAUCGGUGGUUGGAUGGUCAAUGAAAAACAGCAGUUACAAACCUGGCCGAAUUGUAAUCUGGCCCCCAAUAUCGACAGGCAUCAGAUGUUUCGAUCGAAUCCCGCUUACAAUCAACGUAUAUCUACCGUCGAUCCCGAGCUUCAUCAGAUGAUGGAAUCCACCUUCCAGGGUCAUGUCAAUACACCACAACCUUUCCCAGCGAAUGGAAAUACGCCAUUGUCAUUGAUGCCGACGUUGACGUUAUUACCGGGGCAGUAUGGGGACCUGACAGAAAUGCCGCCGAAUGAGCAGACUAAGAUGGAUCCACCUGCGUGGGGAAUGCCCGAUGCCGUACAAGACAAACAACAUCCGGGAUGGAAAUGGAACCACUAGGAGACAACUCAUUGUGCUGAUACAUCUUGAAUCACGAUAUCUAACAUAUUUUCAGAUAUUUUGAAAUCUGACGAUGAAAAACGAAAAGAUAGUUAAUAGCAAUAGUCUGGAUUGGAUCAAUUAUUUGUAGGCACAUAAAUUAUAUUGCGAUCUUAUUAUAUUCAUUCAAACCCAGAUUCUUAAUAUUACUUGUCACACUAGAGGAUAAGACGACGAAUCCUUAAUUAUUCAACUUAUUAUUAUCACAAAUAUAUUCCGAGUUGAGUACAGAAUAUAAGAAGUGUUUGAGAACGAAAACAAAGGAAGAGGAGAGUGUUGAUACCUGUGUCGGUUAAAGAAAGCAAUGUAAAAACGACGUAAUUAUAAUUACUUCGGUGUUAUUUUUUUCUUAACUGUAUGCCGAACGGUUGCGUGUUCCUCUAUCGAUUAUUGAUCAGGGACAUGCCCACUAAUCAACAAUCGAAUGCUAACAAUAAUGAUUUUCUCUUGUAUUGUCUAUUGUCGAGAAUAAUCUGAAUUUGUGAUAUUUGGAACACUUCGAGAUAUACUCGUCAUAUUCGUCACGAUGAUUCAGAUACGUGUGUGAAAUUUAACAUUUUGUAUUGCUACUUCUAUCUCUUUGUAGUAGCGAUGACGAAUAUUUCAAAAAUCGUGUCGGAAAUGAAUAUAAAUAUUAUGCAAUAAAAUAAAGGCUCUCUCGCCUCAAAUUACGAGUAAUUUAAAAUUAUGAAUUACGUCAAAAACAGCUGUACUCCCAACACUGUAUCGAGUACGAUAGGUGAUGAAAAUUACGUGUUACUUAGAACGCUGUAAUCUUAUGGGCUGAUGAUUCAUUGUGUAAAUAAUUGCUUCGUAAAACGGAUGAUUUCAAUUACUUCCAUGCUGUAAAUCGAGAGAGACAUCCAAGAUGAAAAACAAAGAGAUAUUACUAUGAUGAAAGAGAUCUUGGGAACCACAUUGGCUUCGUCGAACCUGGGUACAUGUUAACUCUUCUUCCACUUUUUGCACCUACGCUUGUAUUUAUCACUUUUACUUCGUACUGAAUCUGACCUUUGCUUCUAAACUGUGUCAGAAUUAAUAUGUAGUAAGUUAGAAAGAAAAAAAAAAUAAAGAGUUUCUUUGCGCUGUAGAUUUUCGAUCGUCGACUACAUCUAAUCGCAUCUAACGGUCGUUAUUUCGCGUAAAUAAAUGACUUCAUAGACCUCUUCCAUCUUCGAUAGGCGUACAUUGGUGCUGCGACAUUGGAUCGUAGAAUUAUAAACAAAACAAAAAUGAUAAUCGACAUCGUUCCAUUAAUCGCUUAAUCGAUUAAAUCGGAACUUUUAUUGUCUAUCCGUACACAUCUUUGCAUUUGUUUCAUAGAUUCUUCGUCGAGUAGUUGAUGUUGAAUCGUUAAUGUCUAAUCGCGCGUUCUGUUUCAAACGGAUUUAUUCGAACAGAGAUUGUCGCGAAUUUUUACAGAGUUCACACACAAACACGAGAAAAUUCUGUAUGUAUGGUACACCACAUGUAUAUAUGACCAGGUUCUCGGGUAAAAAAAUCGAAUUUAUGUAAUGUGUUACGAGAGAAAGAGAGAAAAAAAGAUAGAUAUGUGUCACGAAAAUCUCGAAUACGCAAUGUACUAAUAUAAUAUAACGAAUUCUAUUCAAAUCAAUGAAUACAGUUCAUUGUAAAAGUGGUAGUGGGCCGCCAUCACAUGAGGAUAUAGUCGUGCGUCCCUAGUGCGACAGUGCUAUUACAAUAUUAUUGCUGUGGUGGUGUAAUAAUGUUUAUUAUUAUAUUAUGGUUAUUAUUACACACAAAAUGUAACUAUAGGAAA